AUGAAGACCUACGUCGUAGAGCAUCUGGACCCAGAGCUCGAGCAGUGGUCAGCUCUGGAGUACAAGGCAAUCGCCCAAGAGUCCUAUAACGCUGGAGCUCAGUUCUUUCUCUCUUCAGUCCCAGAGAGUCUCCAACUGCCGAAGACUCUAAAGGAUGCCCAAGGCUUGCGUGUGGAGCACCAGAGUGUGGAAACAUUAUAUGCGGACAAGAAGGGGACAGUAUGCCUCCUUGACCCUGCAGCAAAGACGGAGUUGAGCCCAGAGGAUGGCGAGCGCUUCGACGUCUUCCUCUUCGGGGGAAUUUUGGAGUUUACAGACCGGACAGCCGAGCUUCGCAAGAAGGGCUUCGAAGGCAGGAGAUUGGGUCCCAUACAGAUGACCACUGAUACCGCUGUGCGGGUAACCAGGAUGGUGGUGCAAAACAAAAUGUCUUUGGAGAGGAUACCAUACGUUGAUCAUCCAGAACUCAAGAUUAACAAGAAUGAGAGUACGGAAAUGCCAUUUCGCUAUGUCAAGGAUGCGCACGGCAACCCAAUCAUGCCCAAUGGCAUGACCGAUCUGAUUAAAAAAGAUUCCGAGAAGGCGCUUGAUGAUCUUUUCUGA